GAACAUUCUCUUCAUCAAAAAAACUCUCAUCAGCUGUCCCAAAAAUUAUCUUCGAAGCUUCCUCUUUGAACACCUGCAUUGUCUCAAGCCUGUCAGCAGACAUUCUGCCCAGCAUGAUCCCCGAAAUCACUGCCAAGUAUGACUGGAUCCUAGCGCUCACAUCACUGGCAUUCGUUUUUAGCGCUGCAAGUAAUGGAGCCAACGAUGUCGCCAACUCCUACGCCACAUCGGUGGCUGCCAGAACCCUGAAGAUGUGGCAUGCAGGCAUCUUGGCCGCCAUCACCGAGUUCGUUGGUGCAGUCGCUCUUGGAGAUCGUGUGACUGACACUAUCAAGAGUGGGAUUAUUUCUCCUACUCGAUUUGUUGGAAAACCCGGCACGUUCAUGCUGGCCAUGGGUUGCGCCGAAGUGGGCAGCGCUACAUGGUUGACCAUGGCAACUUUCAUGGGAUGGCCUGUAUCAACAACCCAGACCAUCAUCGGUGCCCUGAUAGGUGUGGGUUUCGCUUCACAGGCAGACAUCACUUGGGAGUGGACCAAGGGCAGUGUAUCUCAGGUGGCUGCUUCCUGGGGAAUUGCGCCCGCUAUUGCUUGUUGUUUCUCUGCUAUCAUUUUCGGAACACUCAAGUAUUCCGUGCUUGAGCGUUCGGACCCUUUCAAAUGGGGUCUUCGUCUCAUUCCCGUCUACCUCGCCUUCACUGGUGCCAUUCUGGCGCUUUUCAUAGUCGUUGAAGCACCUACUGCCCCUUCGCUGGAAGAAUUCGGGGCUGGGAAGGCAGUUGGUAUCAUUCUUGGUGUCUUCUUCGGCUGCCUUGUCAUUGGCUACAUCUUUUUCAUGCCCUACUUCCACCGUCGUCUGGUGAAGCAUGACUCACGCCUCCGAUUUUACCACGUUCUUCUGGGUCCCCUCCUCUACAAGGACAAUUGCCCCGUGCCUUUUCCGGGCAAGGGCGAGUAUGUCGUGACCAACUACUACGAAGAUGCCUUCGGGGAGGUUCGUGCCGGAAAGAAGGAUAACGAGAAAUUAGGGUCAGGUGCUCCUGCCCCGCGAGAGGAGGUGAAAGCUACCAACGACGACGUCGAGCGCCAACCUGACUCGAUCGAGUCCAGCCCCGAAAUCACCCCCAAGAAGUGCAGCGUCACGCCUGAGGAACGUUUCUUAGGCCCCGUCCGUGAUCUGUCCUGGACCAACCCCCGCAAGAUUUGGGGCUACACCAAGUUUUGUCUCCUACAGGGCGUCACUCGCGAUGUCGUCACCCACAACUCGGACCGUCUCCGCGAUAUUCACUCUCGCGCACACCGCUAUGAUGACCGCGUCGAACACAUGUGGACCUAUUGUCAAGUCGUCUCUGCUAUUAUGAUGUCUAUUGCUCACGGUUCCAAUGAUGUUGCCAACGCUGUUGGCCCAUGGGCUGGAUCAUACGCUACCUACAAUUCCGGCGAGGUUAAUACCGAGGCUGAUACCCCUAUCUGGUUCCUCGUCAUUGCCGGUCUCCUGCUCGGUGGUGGUUUCUGGUUCUAUGGCUUCCACAUCAUACGCGCCCUAGGCAACAAGAUCACCCAGAUGUCCCCUACCCGUGGGUUUGCGACUGAGCUUGGUGCUGCCAUUACAGUGCUCCUGGCUUCCCGUCUGGGCCUCCCUGUCUCAACCACUCAGUGCCUGACCGGUGCUGCCCUUGGUGUCGCUCUGAUGAACUAUGACUUGGGUGCUGUUAACUGGCGCCAGCUCGUUUUCAUAUUUGGUGGAUGGGUUCUCACCUUGCCUUGUGCCGGUUUGAUUGCGGGAUUGCUUUGCGUUAUGGCUCUAAACACUCCACACUUUUAGCACUUUUUCUUGUUUCUAUAGAUUUACUCUUACGGCUGUAUACAUGUACAUCAAAGCUCUACAUCAGCUCCGAUCUUGGAACGGUUGUAACUAAUUUCUACCUACCUGGUUUUGAUCAGAACCGGGCAUGUUACUUUAGUUGGGUUGUGUUGGUAUGGAGUCGUUGCUCCUGCCUGGUG